GAAGAGGACCCAGACAGAGGCCAGCCAUGUAUGCGCUGUGGAGACCAGUGUCCAGGCUUCCGUCUUCAUGGAUGGAGGAAGAUCUGCGUGCACUGUAAGUGUGUACGGGAGGAGCAUGUGGUGCGCUCGGUACCAGGGCAGCUGGAAAAGAUGAUGACCAAGCUCGUGUCGGACUUCCAGAGACACUCCAUCUCUGAUGACGAUUCGGGAUGUGCCUCGGAGGAGUACUCGUGGGUCCCACCUGGGCUCAAGCCCGAACAGGUGUACCAGUAUUUUAGCUGCUUACCAGAAGACAGGGUUCCUUAUAUGAACAGUCCAGGGGAGAGAUACAGAAUUAAACAGCUGCUGCACCAGCUGCCGACCCAUGACACUGAGCCUCAGUACUGCAACUCUCUGGACGACGAGGAGAAAAAAGAGCUGUGUCUCUUCAGCCAGCAAAGAAAGAAAGAAAACUUGGGCCGAGGUGUUGUGAGACCUUUCCCUGUGACGAUGACUGGCGCCAUCUGCCAGCAGUGUGGCAGACACAUCAGCGGUGGAGAUAUCGCUGUGUUUGCGAGUCGGGCGGGACACGGCUGCUGCUGGCACCCUCAGUGUUUCCAGUGUGCGUCCUGCAGCGAGCUGCUGGUCGAUCUGAUCUACUUCUACCAGGAUGGACAGAUUUACUGCGGCCGGCACCACGCUGAGAGGCUCAAGCCUCGCUGCCAGGCCUGCGAUGAGAUUAUUUUAGCAGAUGAAUGUACAGAGGCUGAGGGGAGAUACUGGCACAUGAAGCACUUCUGCUGUUUUGAGUGCGAGGCUGCACUGGGGGGUCAACGCUACAUCAUGAAAGAGACGAGACCAUACUGCUGCUCCUGUUACGAGUCCCUGUAUGCAGAGUACUGUGAUACCUGUGGAGAGCACAUAGGUAUUGACCAGGGCCAGAUGACAUACGAGGGUCAGCACUGGCACGCAGCCGAGUCAUGUUUCUGCUGCGCCCGCUGUCGCCUGCCACUGCUCGGCCGUCCCUUCCUCCCACGCAACAGGCUCAUCUACUGCUCCAGGUCCUGCUCACUCGACGAGGACCCCAAUAACUCAGACUCCUGCGACUCGGCGCUGCAAAGCAAAUCUCCUCACAGCAAACGGUGGCAGGCGCCACAGAGACCGCGUCAGCCACCGUGUGGUUCUCCACUGCAGCCACCAGAGGGCAGCAACCCAAAUACAACUCCUGCACAAGACUGCGCUCAUCCUGCGGUGGAAAACAAAGGGCUCCACUGCAGCACUCCUGUUCAGAAUGGAGUUUCUUCAUCCAGCGGUCAUCUUUAUCCAAAAGGCUCCUACCCACCUCUGCCCCAUAUUUAUCUGGGAAAAGGCUCGGGUCCAUCCUGGCCCAGCAACAUUCCACAUUACAGUCUGCUGCCAGGGGGCUGCGGUAUCAAACGUCCAGGCAGGGAUCGGCAGGUCCACGGAGAGCUAAAUGGAAAUGCUGCACUGAUCGGUCAUAAUUCAAAAGGAAACUCCACUGAAAAAGAUUGUAGGAAAUGGGUGGAAAAGACAAACCAGGCAAUGCAAGCGUUUCCUCCUCAGAUAAACUCGCACGUUAUUGAGCUCGUUUCGUCUGACUCACCUCCACCCCCAUUGGACAACUCCCCCAGCCUCCCACCCCCUCUCCCUGUUAAGUCUCGUGACUUGACGCCCCACGGUCCGGCCCUUCAGACUCUGGCCCAAGCAGAGAACCGACCCCCUGAUUCUCCACCCCCGCUGACACGCAGUGGAACAGCCAGGGUCAGCUUCAGAGAGCCAAUCAGCAGCAGCUACUCAGUAGAAGACGAUGAGGAGGAAAAUGAGGAAGAGCUGCACCCAAAAGGUGAAGAAAAUCAGCAGGAUGAACAGGAUGAUGAGGAAGAGGAGGAGGAGGGAGGAUUCAGAGGCAGGUUGCAUGUGCAGACCAACAUCCCUCCACAGAUGGAUCUGCUGGAUGACUCCUCCUCAUAUCAGUGCAACACGAGGAGAGUUUGGGGGCGAUGCCGCGCUCCUUCAGACCCUGUUCUCUACCCAGGUUCGGAGAGGCCUUCCCAAACCCCGCGGCCUGACCGGCCUCAACUCGACUCUCUGGACCCUCGAGGUGAGAACGAGAGAGAUGGCCGGAGCUCCUUCAGUGCCUCCUCACUUAUCCUCCAGCCGGGACAACACAAACAUGGAGACUCGUGUUCUACCUGCUCCUCCUCGUCAGACUCUGAGGAGGAGGGCUUCUUCCUGGGACAGCGCAUUCCUCUGCCCCCACAACUUCAAAAGCCGCAGCCUGAGGAGAUCCAAGUCCAGGAGUCAGAGGAGAGAGGGGAGAUCCAGAGAGACUGGAACCUGAGAGGCAGCAUGAGGAGAAGAGCUCUCAGCAUGGGUGCAAAGGACAAAGAUAAAAACUGUGUUGUCUCCUGA